GAGUGUUAAGUGAUCUCCGACGAUGCGCCGGCGAGAAGAAAAGCGUCGAGAGUUUCACGAAGCUCUUCUUCAAACACUGUAUCCUCCUCCUUCAUCGCCACCGUCUCCUUCCUCUUCCCCGUCUCCGGUGGAGGUUGUUGAUGACGAACCAUUCGAUGUGACACUCAUAAACCCAGAAGAUUACUUGAAAAUUGAUUCAUCAAAUCACGGGGACGUCAACGAAAACGGAGACGAAUCGGGGAUUGCAGAGAAACCGAGUCGAGCGCAGAGGAAGAGGUUAAGGAAGAAGAUGCUUAAAGAGGAAGCAGUUCGACGGAAGAAAGUCAUCGGACCUCUACUUCCGACUGAAAUGCUUCAGACCCAUGAUGGAAGAAUAGUUGGAGAUGCUGGUGGGAACAACUUUGAAGAAGAAGAUUCUGAUGGAGACGAAGAAGAAACUAGUGGGAGCAUUAGCAACAACUGCUCACAACUUGUUCGACCAAAUGCCCAAGAGAAGAAACAAGGAAAAAUCGAUGACAAUGAUAAGACGAGAAAAGUCAAGAAGAGAAGAGAGGCUAAGAAACUGGCCAAAGAGAGUUCUACUUCUAAUAUCCAGGAUGGAUCCAACCCUUGAAAUUCCUAACUAGGGUUCAAAUUAGCACAGAUCUUUAUGUAAGAGUUAAUUACUUUGUUUUUAAUAAUUCAAGGGUAUAUCA